AUGGAACAGAUCAGCCAAAUUUUGCCAGAGGACAUUGUCAGUUUAUACAGACUGUGCCUGACGACUACAUACUUCACGUGGAAUAACACAAUAUAUGAACAGACUCAAGGUGGCUACUACAUAAUCGAGCGCAAGACGCUGAAACUCCAGAUCGUUGUACUGAACACGAACCUGAUGAAAAGGAGCGACCAAGACGAAGACGCUGCGAGACAAUGGGAGUGGCUUGAGAGGGUGCUGCAAAAGUUUCAGAGGAACGGCGAAACGGUCCCAUAUUGGAAAAAGCCGACGGAACGGGAUCACUUAAAAUUCAACAGGAGAACUCAGUUCAAACUAUUUAUUUUGGAUGUCACGCCGCUAACGCUGAAACAAUAA